AUAUUCAGUUCAUAUUAGACUUACAUGGCUAAGGCAGUAAAUACGUUUACACCAUAGAUGUUAAUGUAUUUGGUUAUUUGAUUACUUAACAAAAUAACCAAAAGUAUUUUUUUAAGAAUGUGAAAUAGUGAGGGUAAAAUAAACAAUAUGAAGUAGUAAUCAGAACAAAAAACAUGACUACAGGACUUGCCAUCAGUGCAUGUAUGAAACUAAGCAUAGUUUAGUAUCUAUCUUAUUCAUUGUCCGUAUUUGUAGUUUUAACAUAGUAUUUCAGUUCAUAUCAUGCUCACAUGCUGCAUAUUCUUAAUGCAUUUAACCGUAUAUAUAUAUAACAGCUCUGAGCUGCUCUCCUGGGGUUCAGCGCGGUGGUGGGAAGCCCCCUCACAGGGUUAAAGGUACAGUAGCGUGCGUCAGCUGAUGCGUAGCGUCACGUAAUGAGCGCGGGGGGGUUGGAGGGGGCGGGUGCUGGUCCUCUCUCUGAGCUCCUGGCUGCAGCUCUCUGCAGCUUCCUGCCCGCUGCUGGCCCUGACAAACGGCUCAUUCUCAUCACUGAUCAUGUGCCUCGCUCUCUGGCUGUCUUUGGCUCUGCAGCAGGAAGUUCGCCUUCUUCUCUUCCCCCUCGUUUUAUUUUCUCCCUCUUCCUGACAGCACCAUUCCCCAGCCUUACUUUCUCCCGUUCUCACUUGUCCUGUGCCGUGCGUGAGGGCCGAGAGGCGCCGGUGAACACCGGCAGAGGCCCCUCCGCUCCACCCCGCUCCUGCUCCCGGCCAGGGGAGAACAGGUCAUGGAGGCCCUGGUGGAGGAGAAGGAGCCGUCGCCGAUGGACAAGUCUCUGCCUCUGCCCACACUGAGCCCGGCCGUGCCUCCGUACGUCACUUUGGGCCUGACGGUCGUCUACACCGUCUUCUACUCCCUCCUGUUCAUCUUCAUCUACGUGCAGCUCUGGCUGGUCCUGCGGUACCGACACAAGCGCUUCAGCUACCAGACGGUGUUCCUGUUCCUGUGCCUGCUGUGGUCGGCCCUGCGCACCGUGCUCUUCUCCUUCUACUUCAAGAACUUUGUCACGGCCAACACUCUGGGGCCCUUUCCCUUCUGGCUGCUCUACUGCUUCCCUGUCUGCCUCCAGUUCUUCACGCUCAGCCUCAUGAACCUUUACUUUGCACAGGUUGUUUUCAAGGCAAAGUCAAAAUAUGCACCAGAGCUUUUAAGAUACAGGCUGCCGCUGUACCUGCUCUUCCUGUUCAUCAGCCUGGUGUUUUUAGUUGUGAAUUUGGUUUGUGCCCUGCUGGUGAGGUUGUCCUCCACAGAGGCCCACACCAUUGUGCUCGUGAGGGUCGCAAUCAAUGACACGCUGUUUGUCCUGUGUGCCGUCUCGCUCUCGCUGUGUCUUUACAAGAUCGCUAAGAUGUCACUGGCCAACAUCUACCUGGAAUCCAAGGGGACGUCGGUUUGCCAGGUGACCGUAAUAGGAGCAAUUGUCAUCCUCCUGUACUCAUCCAGGGCCUGCUACAACCUGGUCGUCCUGGGACUCUCUAACAAGAGCAUUAACUCCUUUGACUACGACUGGUACAACGUGUCAGACCAGGCAGAUUUACAGUCGACUCUGGGCAACGCUGGCUACAUCGUCUUUGGAGUGAUUUUGUUUGUGUGGGAACUGCUCCCCACCUCUCUCGUGGUUUUCUUCUUCAGAGUUCGGCAGCCGAACCUAGACAGGAGUGGCUCUGGGCUUCCUGGUCAUGUCUUCUCCUCUAGGGCUUAUUUUUUUGAUAACCCGCGGCGUUAUGACAGUGAUGAUGAUCUAGCGUGGAGCGUCAUGCCUCAGAACAUCCAAGCCAGUCUGGCUGCUGACAGUUACGAGUGGGGGAGCCAAAGCAGCGGCAUCGGUGCCUACAUCGGAGGGGAUGACAGCUACCACCUCCCUCCUCCUCCAGAGGAGCUCAGCCAUUACUGACUGGAGCUCAGUGACUCCUGCUGACCUUUGUUUUCUUUUUUUUUUAUUCGUAUAUUUUUGCACAGUCUCUUACUGACCGAGGCACAUGGGGCGGAAAGUCGCCCUCAACUUCAUACAUUCACUUUUGUAUUUUGUCUAGAGAAGAAGAACUAACAGACUUUUCUCUUUGCCAUUAUAUGAAGGUCCACUGAUGGGACAUUAAUUUUGCACACUCCUUGUACAAAGUAUGAUCUAAUUUUGACUGAUCUUAAACAUUUUUCAUUGUAUAGUUUAUAUUGAAUACUACUUAAUAUAUUUCCUGACCUUUUGUAAUAUGUACUGUAUUACUAUUUUACGUCUAUGAACAUGUUCUUUUUCAUACAGAUUGUUUAUAUAGAGAAGACAUUCAUUUAAUUCAUAUUAAAAAUGUUUAAAUGC